GAAAAAUAAAUGUAAAGAAAAACACAAUAACAACAUUGUAAAAUAGCAAUAAAAUAAAAAUAAAUAGGAAAAAGUAGUUGUUUGUGCGUGUGUUCCGAUGUGUGUAAUUAUAAAGGGACAAAGAAGAAAGACAGGCAAACAAGCCGUAAAAUACAAGAUACUUUUCUUAACUAUCGAAUAUCUUUAAACUACAAGAGCAUCAGAUAAACAAACGACAGACAAAAUAACGAAUAUUUGUUAUGUUUGUUAUAUGAACCAAUAAAGCGAUAAAUAAAUGUAAUGCUUUAACUUGUGAAUCGAUAUGCUUUAAAUAUUUGUGCGUAAUUGAAUCUCCCAAAGGCUUUGCUUUGCUUUGCUUUAAGAAAUAUCCGUCAAAAAGCUUUGCUGAGAAGUACAUUUUUUUUCGUGCCAAAUUUAGACCUCGAAAACAUACAUUUUGGGCAGCAAAGUGUCUAUACCAGAUUUUAAACUGGGAAAAAUUAUGAACUUAUGUUCAUCGGUGGGUGCAACAGCAUCAUCGACAUCAUCCGACGACGCCCAAGCUCAACAAAGAACCGGCCGUGAGGGUAGCCGAACGGGUGGUUUCGAACAGCCAAGAAAUAGUGCAGCUAGUGCUGUUGGCUUAACCACUCAUUGUUUCGGAACAACCGCAUUUACAGUGCCCUGCUCUAGUUCGACCGAUCAUCAAUACUCAUCUCAGCCACAACAACCGCAGCAGCGCCAGCAGCAACAACAACAGCAACAGCAAAGAAUUAACAGCGGUUCGAGCAAUAAUAACGACAUGCCACCGGAAACAACCCGACCAAAGGUGGUGACGGUUAAACACCCCGAAUCCAAUAAACCUAAGCCAACUACUAAAAAAACCAAACCCAUACAAGCCGAUCAGGAUGUAAUAAAGGCUUUGCAACGUUGCCGGGAUGAAGGCAUUAAACGUUUGGAUUUAAGUAAAUCUUCUAUUACCGUUAUACCACCGGCUGUUAAGGAUUGCGUACAUCUCACUGAAUUGUAUUUGUACAGCAAUAAAAUUGGUCAACUGCCUUCUGAAAUUGGUUAUUUAGUUAAUUUGAAGACUUUGGCUUUAAAUGAAAACUCGUUAAUUUCUCUACCCGAUACUCUGCAAAAUUGCAAAUUACUAAAAGUCUUAGAUUUGAGACAUAAUAAACUCGCCGAAAUACCGCCCGUCAUCUAUAAGUUACGCUCGCUAACAACUUUGUAUUUGAGAUUUAAUCGCAUUAUCGCCAUGGCUCCCGAUAUACGUAAUCUUACCAAUUUAACGAUGUUAAGUUUGCGGGAAAAUAAAAUACGCGAACUCGGUCCAGCGAUUGGUGCUCUGGUUAAUCUAACCACUUUAGACAUUAGUCAUAAUCAUUUGGAACACUUGCCAGCGGAAAUUUGCAAUUGCGUUAAUUUAAGUUCAUUGGAUUUGCAGCAUAACGAACUGCUAGAUAUACCCGAGAAUAUAGGAAACUUAACAAAUUUGGUGCGCUUGGGCUUACGUUAUAACCGCUUAACUAACAUACCGUCAAGUUUGAAGAAUUGUAAAAGUAUGGAUGAAUUUAAUGUGGAGGGCAAUGGCAUUACACAACUGCCCGAUGGUUUGUUGGCAGCGUUAAGUGCCCUGACUACCAUAACUCUUUCACGUAAUGCAUUCGCCAGUUUCCCAACCGGCGGGCCAGCACAGUUCACCAAUGUCUAUAGCAUAAAUCUCGAGCACAAUCGUAUUGAUAAGAUCCCGUAUGGAAUAUUUUCACGUGCCAAAGAUUUAACUAAAUUGAAUAUGAAAGAGAAUGCCCUCACUGCUUUGCCUUUAGAUGUGGGCACUUGGGUGAAUAUGGUGGAAUUAAAUUUGGCCACGAAUGCCCUGCAAAAGUUGCCGGACGAUAUCAUGAAUUUACAAAAUCUUGAGAUUCUGAUACUCUCCAAUAAUAUGCUCAAGAAGAUACCUAAUAGUAUAGGACAAUUGCGUAAAUUACGAAUUUUAGAUUUGGAAGAGAAUCGCAUAGAGAUUUUACCCAAUGAGAUUGGUUUACUGCACGAGUUGAAGAGACUCAUCUUGCAAACGAAUCAGAUACAAAUGCUGCCACGCAGUAUAGGACAUUUAAGUAAUUUGACCUAUUUAUCGGUCAGUGAAAAUAAUUUACAAUUUUUACCUGAAGAAAUCGGUUCACUGGAGAAUCUUGAGAAUCUAUAUAUCAAUCAAAAUCCAUGUCUCGAGAGAUUGCCGCAUGAAUUGGCUUUAUGUCAGAAUUUAAAGUAUUUAAAUAUUGAAAAGUGCCCAUUAAGUACUAUACCACCCGAAAUACAGGCCGGUGGACCUUCGUUGGUGCUGCAGUGGUUGAAAAUGCAUUCCCCUUAUCGGCAAAUGUGAGUGGAAAGCAUUAAUAGAAUGCGUAACUUUGCUUUUGCCAAUGAUUGUUAUAUGGAAUUGGAGUUAUUUGGAGGACAACGCUAACAAAGCCGGGAUUGGAAAUGCUCAGUCAGUUGAACGGAAGGCGGCAUUUCAAUAAUUUUGAAUUUUACAAAGAACAAAAAAACAAGUCAUAUCUAUACAUCACGAACACUAUGCAACGUGGCCGGGCCUUCCAACUAACUAACCAACCGCGUUUCCAUAACAAUGAAAAUGUUGUUUAACAAUUGAAACUACUUUUAAGAAAAUCGCAAAGCGCAGAAAAAAAAAUAUACAAAAUCGAAAAAAAAUUUGUGAGGUUAUGUAAGAAAGGGAGAGAGAGAGAGAGGGCGCUUUGCAAAAACCAAUUAUGCAAUUAAAAGUUCACAUUAAAACAAACAAGCACGGGACGAAUAACGGAAGGAAAGCAAAGUAAAAAAAGUGUGGUUGUGUUGCAGAAAAGCGAAGAAAAUUUUAAUGAUUUCAUGAUUCAAACAUACAAAAAACAACGAUGUUAAAAGGGAGCCACAAUGUGUGGCAGAAAAAUCAAUAAAAUUCAUAUAAGUGAGUAUUUGAAAAUAAUUAAUAAUUUAUUAAAGAAAUUACUCCGUGCACCCUACAUAUACCAGAGUUAAUCGUGGCUUAAACAGAAAGUUUUUUCACAUUUUUUUCAGUGUAGCUUAAAGCAAUUUUUCGAGUUGGCUCGUACUGAAAAUUGCUUCAAUUGUGUUGUUACUUGUACUUUCGUCCAAGGUUCAAAACCACUCAGUACGAUUAACUAACAAAAGCAAUGUGAUGCA